CAGAAAUACGAAAAGAGCGAAAGAAGAAGGGGGAAAAAAAUAAAAGAAAAAAACCCCAAAACUUCUUAGGGUUUAUAUCUCUAUUCUUUCCCUCGAGCCCGAAACUGUAGAGACUAGAGAGUUGAAGUUUAGUUGAUUCUGCAAUCUUCAAUUUAAAGUUCGUUCGUGAAUUCGUUUAACCUGUCGUCUAUACAACUCCUGUAUCGGAUCUCUACUGCAUUCCCGUGCUAAAAGUUUUGGAAUGGGGUUGUGGUUGUUGAGAGCAUCACCAGUGACUUCAUUUAACGAAUAGAAUGAUUAGUUCAUUCUUCACGUUUCUGAACGGAACUUCCUAGUGACUUGAGUUAGCUGGAUGAAUUCGACCUGGACAAACUUCACUCCUAUAGAAGAUCAGUUCUCACGCUACAAGCCCUGUGAGGUGGAAUUUGUACAUGGUAUAUUUUAGGUUCUUGGUUUAUAUGUUAAGUUACAUGAUUUGAGAUGUAUGGCCGAGGAAACUAUGCUCCUCAGUUCAGGCACGGACACCUUAUACCGCCUCCGCCAUUCCAACAAGGCCCUCCAGCUCCACCACCUCCGGUAAUUCAGCAAGGUUCUUUGGCUGCACCAAAUCAUGCAAUUCAGCCUGGCCCAAACCCUCCGGUGUAUCACCAUGUUCCACCUCCACCACCACCCGCAAUUCCGCAAGGUGGACCUCCUCCACCUCUGGUUCAGCAAGGUCAGCCAAUUCAAGCUCCAAAUCCUGGAGUGGUAAAUGCAGGCCAGCCUUUUGUGCAUCCACCGACAUCUGUACAUGGAAACUCUCAAGUGAUAUCUCCUUAUUCAAAUGUACUACAAACCUCUCAUUACCCUCUGACUGUAACAACUCAGAACAUGCAUCAUAUGUCACCGGCCUUACAUCCUCCUGCUCCACCUCUUGCUGGACCAAGCCACCCAGAGAUGAUACGGGCUCCAGUUCCUCCUAGAAUAUUACCCCCUCUCCCUUCACAAGGACAAAUAUUGUAUAGAACUUCACUUUAUCCAUCACUAGCUGGUGGGUUCCAAGGACAUCAACAUGUUGGACCACUACCUCCCCCGCCCCCUUCUUGUUUUGUUCCUGUCACUCCUGCUCCUUUUUCAUCUUUUGCACAUGCUCCAGUAGAAGAUGCUUACCCGCCUUCUAUGCCACCCCCACCUCCUCGCUCUCCACCUUCUCCCCCACCCAUUCCAUCAUCACCACCUCCAUCUCCUCCAAAACCUUCAGAGCUCUCAUCUAAUUUGGCUUUAGAUGCUGUUUCUGCAAUCUCCCACCACUCUGUUCUGGUUUCUGACAAUCCCACCACUUCUGUAGAGAAGCUUAUUGAUGAUGUUGACAGGUUACUUGUUCCUGCCCAAAGCAGGGAAGAUGUGCCUUUACAUGUUGACGUUCGAAAUAUUGAAGGUAGACGGGCGGAGAUGGAGUCUCUUGGGGAAGAUGGAUUUUCAUCCGAGGGGGAAGCAACUCUGGAUCUUCCUCCAUCUCCUCCUCCACCUGAUCCACCUGCAGAAGAAGUUGUUCGGAAGAUUAGAGUCCUGUGCCAGUUUAUUGCUAAAAUUGGCCCUGAGUUCGAAGAUAUUGCUUGUAAAAAAGAGUCGGGAAAUCCAGAAUUUGCAUUCUUGUUUGGUGGUGAGGCUGGAAGUGAAGCUGCAAUUGCUCAUGAUUAUUUUCAAUGGAUGAAAAGGAAAUCUCUUUUGGGAUCUAAACAAUGCAAUGUCCCUGGGCAAAGUAAUUCAUCACCAAAGACUUGGGAAAUUAUAUCUUCACCAAAACCAUGUAAUUUGACGGAUGAGGGGGCUACUUCACCGGCAAAUUCAGACAUGGACAUGGAAGAUGAUGCCAACCAGUCUUCCAAAGAUCAAGAGGUUGGUUUCUCUGUGGAAGGUAUAAGUGGGGAACCUGUUUCUUUUCGUAAUGAGUUGCUUGUUGUCAAAGAGAAAUUACAUGUACAGCAGAGUCUGACGGAACAUCCUAGUGAUACAUUGCCUGGAGGAUCGACAUGUUUAUCCUCAGUAGUGGCCAAGCAAGAAGAAGAACAGGAUAAUUCCACAUUUGGAAUGCCAUCAACUAAAGAUCAUAGUGCUGGCAUACACUUUGAUGGAGCUGUUGAAUGCAACGUGAAUCUCAGUGUAAAGAAGGUGACAAGUCCAGUUCUUGACAGUUUAAGUCCAUUAAAGGCUUCAUCAGAUGCUGGGGGUAUCAGCCAUAAGGAGGUUUCCAGCCCAUUUAUUCAAGGUGGAAGUCCAUUCAGACUUAUACAAGAUUAUGCUUCUGAUGACAGUUUAGAGGAUGAUGGGACUUCUCUUGAAAAUGUCAGUCCUGUAAAGGUUUCGGCAUGCACUGCUGAUGGUGCUACAAGUUUUUGCAAGGAUACAGGGACUGGUUUGGAUGUAAAUGUAGACUCCAGGAUGACUGAAAAGGAAGUUACAUUAUUCAAUGAUUCGAGUGUGAUAGAUCCUAUAAACAUGCCAGAUAUUUCCCUGGAGUCUCAUAAAGUGGGAGAGGUAACUGUCCUAACUUCUGAUGCAUUAGACUUGAGAACCAAAGCUGAUGAACUUGGAACUAAUAAUGAUGGGAAUCAAACAUCUAAUGACCCAGCUGCUUCACUUGAGGUUUCUGAGCAAAAGGGUAGUUUGCACAGUGAUAUUGUAUCUAUUGAUCACCAGAAUAAGUUACGGAAGGAAGAUGCGAAACAAGAUCAUACCCCUCUGAAAGUGGAUGAGUUUGGGAGAAUGGUGAGAGAAGGUGCUAGUGACAGUGACUCUGAUGGGCCACGCUAUUCUGCGAGGCGUGGUAAGAGAGGCAGGAGCCGGAGCCGAUCUCCUCAAGAUUGGAGGAGGAAGAGAAGUCGCAGUCCAUGGAGGAGGAAGGAGAGACGGAGCCGAUCUCGCAGCUGGUCUCCAAAGAAACGAAGAAGCAGAAGCAGGUCUCCUGCUGCUUUCAGGCGCAAGGGUGAGUUUGGCAUUGAUAAAACUAAACGAGAGAGGGGCCGUAUGCCGGAUUGCGUUAAUUUCCUUCGGGGCAGGUGCAACCGUGGAGCAUCUUGUUGGUUUCUGCAUGAUGAUUCCUCUAUGCAUGAUGGAUCGAGGCACUAUAAAACUGAUUCUAGAAAGCCUGCCGUCAGUGGGGAGAUUAAGAAGGUAACAACAAAAAUGUAUGAUUUUGAGGAAGCCAAGAGCCAAGAUAUGCCUUUGAGUAUCACUGAGGCUCCAAAGGAGGAGACAUUGGAUGGAACAAUGGACCCAUUAUGUCCAAGAGGUGACGUGCAACUCCUUAAUUCAAAUGAAGCAGGUCAAUCAACAGUUUCUCUUCCUGGUGAGGUGGGUCAAAUAGAGAGUUCUCAGGAAGCAAUUAUUCAAGUGCAGGAAAAAGUGAAUGGGGAACCUAUUAUUCAGCCUCCAGAUUUUGAGAAUCUUCAGCAGCCGACGGAGAACAUCUCAGCUUUACCAUUAGAUAGAUCUCCAAAGCAAUCACCAACCGAUAUUGAAGAGCAGAAUUUGCCAGGUGAAGCCUCUCAUGGUCAACCUUUAUCAGAAGAAUAUUCAGUGGUGCAGCUCCCCAUGCCCAAUGCUUCAGCAACCCUUGCUCUUCCGAUGCUUGAAAAUGCUGGUCACCAUUCUCAGCAAAUGGAUAGCUCUUCUGUGUCCUGUCCUUUACCUCUUCAAACAUCCACCACUCUGCCUGGGCAGCCUCCUGUCUGUGACCCAUAUCCGACCCUACCUUCUAUGAGCGAACCUUCAUCUCAGAGUCUUGCACCUCAAUCUCUAACUUCCGAGGAGUUCCACCCACCCAGCUAUCCAUCUGUAGACUAUCGUAUUCAGCCUUCUUACUUACCUCCGCCUCCUCCUCCUCCUCCCUUUCCUCGAGGUAUAAAUGCCUCACAUGUCUCCCAGCCACCAAAAGAUUACAACUUUAGUUCUCAUUCUACCCCUUUGGAAAGGUUUCCUCCCCCCCCAGUUCCAUUACAGGACCACCAUUCUCUUUUUUUGGGCCAAAACCCCUCUUGGACCUCCUUUCAGGCUUCUUCUUCUUAUGGUUCUCUUCCUGCUCAGUUUCCACAGAAUACCAUGCAUUCAAGAAAUGACAUUCCUCAUGCCAUAACGCGUCCCUUCCAACCUGAAGAGCACGCUCACUCUCAGGUUGAUUUUCAUACUCGACCUUUCCCUCCAAUGGAGCAGCCUCAUCCUCCUCUGCAGUUGGAAGAUUUCAGAUUGGAGCCUCCGCCAGCGAACAAAAUUAAGGAUCAGCACUUUGGAGGCCCCAAUUUUGUAAGAGAAGAGCAUUUUACACAUUCUGCGUUGCCUGGACGCAGUCUGUUUCAGCCUUCAUUGCAUCAAGAUUAUUAUUUGCAUCCUCAGACGCAGCUUCGAAAUGAGCAACGUUUCCCUCUUCCUGUCCGAGAUGAUGUCCAGAACUUCGAAGCACCCCCUAACCAAAGGUUUACAUCCCAAUUCCAACUUCAGGGAUUUGCAACUUCAGACAAUAUGCCUUCUCAGCCUGUAUCUUUUCCUAGAGAUUCACCUUCAAAGCAAGUGCAGUCUUUCUCUAAAGAAGAUUUUGGUGCCAUAUCUACUAGACAGCCACCCUAUGGUCUGCAACCUUCUGGCGCUGAUGUUUUUUCUUCUCACUUUGGUGCACCCGUGAAGGUUGACUCAUCAAGAUACACAUCAAGCUUAUUGGAAAGCAAUAAGCUAGCUUUAUUAUCUGAUCUUGGAGGAUCAAAAAUUUUAAACACAACCCACUAUAAUCCAUUUGCAUCUACAUUUGAACAGCCACCUGGAGGUUCCAAGUUCAGUUCUAGUUUUUUCAGGCGUGAAUUAGACACAAACUACAGCAGCAACUAUGAAACUUCUUUUGGUCCGAGCCAUGUUCGAGUGGAUGGGCAGGGUGUUCUCGGGCUUGGGUCAAGGCAGACAGCUUCACCACUGGAUUCUGGCAGGCCUAGAGGGCAGAUUUUACCUAAGUCUGGUAAUUCUCUGCUGGCUGCUGAUCAUGCACACCCAAGGGAUGCUCCUGUGGAAAGUUUUCCUGGCACCUUGUCUCAGUAUGUGAGGGAGUCAAUGGCUGUUGACCAGUAUGAUCCAUUAUUUGACAGUAUUGAGCCUUCUUCAAACACAUUGAUGAAGUUUGACCGUGUUCAAGAACGAGAUCUCGACAGUGAUGUUAGCAGGCCUGUUGCUGCCAUUGUGGCCGGUGGCUCAGACUUAUUAUCGAGACUUACUGGAUCACAUAAGCCUUUGGAUAUAGCAGAAAACAAUAAGCAGAAAGAAGCUGCAGAUGCUGCUGUAACUAAGUCUGCAGAAAAUGAUGAAUUUGGUGAGACAGCAGAAGUGGAUGCAGUGGAGAGUGGGAGCCCUCAGCCAGGAGAUGGGAAGAACUGGAGUCCAGGUAGUCAAAAUGUGGCCACAGGAGAUGUUGAAAUUGACCAGGUUCGGAGUCCAGGGAAAAGCGGGAAGAGCAAGAAGAGCAAGGAUUCCAGGUCUAUGAAGCUCUUCAAGAGUGCUAUUGCAGAUUUUGUAAAGGAGGUUUUGAAGCCAUCAUGGCGACAGGGUAACAUGAGCAAGGAAGCUUUCAAGACCAUUGUCAAGAAAACUGUUGAUAAAGUAUCUGGAGCUAUGAAGAGCCACCAAAUACCUAAGUCGCAGGCGAAAAUAAAUCAAUAUGUUGAGUCCUCCCAGCGAAAGCUUACUAAACUUGUGAUGGGCUAUGUUGAUAAGUAUGUCAAAUUAUGAUAGUUAUGAAGGUAUUCUCUCCUGCUGGUCCUUUGUGCAAUAGUGGGAAUUUGAUCAGCAGAUCUGCGGGCUUCUAGUUUAUUUUACUAUAUAAAGAGAUGCCCCUUGGCUGCAGAGGAUUUCGGCGAGAGCUGGAGGUCAUUUUAUCAGGUGGAUUAUAGAAUUAAUGGUCAAAUACAUUGAAGAAAAUUUGGCCACUUUAGGGAAAUGAACAUUUGGGAAAGAUAGCUCUGAAGGAGCUCUAGAUGUUUAUGUGGUUCACUUUGGAUUGUGAGCUUCUCUUUUCUAGUGGCAUCUUCAUUUCAUCAUAAUUUAAAUUUUUGUGUAAAUUCUCUUAACUAUUAUUUCUGGGUAAAUUUGAUUUCCCCACAGUUUUCAGCUUUAACAUAAUAUUUCU